CACAGUCACAGUGGGUGAAGAUUGUUUUCUUGCUGCUGGUCGAAUUUCCGAGGAAGAGUCGUGAUCCGCCGUGUGAUGGCGUGUGUUAAUUUCACUAUGGAUGUGAUAGAGGAUCACUCGGCCAGACGCGAGCUUCAAGGUGAUGAAGGUCCACUGAUUAAACAUUACAGAGUCUCUGAGCUCGUUCCUGAUCCACAAAUUCCUCUGCACCGGUUAAUGAAGAGAGAACCAGCGGUUUGGGCCGCCAUGCAGAUAAGCAGUGGGAUAUUGAGCAUUGGACUCGGAGUCGUGUUUGCUGCAUCCUUCCCAAUUGAUGGUUUGCUCCUCACCUUGUUCAGAGUCACGAUCGUCACCGGCAUUCUGUUCGUGGCUGCUGGAUUUUUCUCCUUGAUGCUGCACAGAAACCCCAGACUCUUACAGAUCUGUUUUCACUCCAACAUAUUUUGUCUGGUCAUUUCUAUUAUCGGAACAGUGCUGCUGUGUGCGGAUUUAAUCAGUUUUAUCCGAGUGGAGCUUUCCUUUCAGGUGGAACUCCUGGUGCUGUUUGUGACUCUGUUCGACAUGCUGAUCUCCAUCGUCCUCAUAUUUCUGAUUCACGCAGAGAAACGCCGGCAGAGGAAGAAAUGACUCGGCUCAGAUUCUAGUAACUAAUUAUUAAUGAAAUAAAUGAUUGCGUUAAAAUAUUCCUACGUGAGAACCGGCUGUACACAAGCUCUUGAAAAAACCUCUCACGACUUUAAACGCUGUUAACAGCUAAAAAGCUUCAAAGUGUCGUUUGCAUGCGAGUCGGCUCACUGAGUCGACUCGUUUAGCUGAAUUUCUAGCUCAGAUCCGAUUCAAAUAUAUGAGUUGUUUUAUGUUGUUCUUUUUCUACCUGUUGC